AUGGAGGACAGUGACCUGCUGAGAGAGAGGUUCCACGCUAUCACGGCUAAGCAUCGUAUCCAGGAGUAUAUUCAUCAGAAAAAACUGGAGCUAGACCAAGAAAAACUCAAACUUCAGCAUCUGAGGAAGAUGAUCCUGAAGGAGCAGUGGCUGCUGCAGGAGUCCGAGUUCUUCAAUACACAGCAGCAGGACCUGGCAUCCAACUACAGUCAGACCAGAGCUCUGCAGCUUAGCAUCCACAGGACUGAGAAGGAGGUGGAGUGUUUGGAGAGACAGGAGGGCAUGAUUUCUGCUAAUGAGUGCUUCAUCCUAAACAGACUGAAGGCUCUGCAGAAAGGUCCAGAUGACAUUAUCAAAGAGGCCAACAGGAGCUUUGUUUUGGAGCCAUUACAGGUGACCAAGGUUAUGCCUGGUGAUCCGGACGUCCCCAAUCCACCAGCCAACAAGCCCAAUGAGCCAAGCACACAAGAAAGAGGGUCCCACAACCAGAGAUGUAUUUCUGAGCAGGUGGAACAAUCUCCUGGAAGUGCCACGAUGCUCUGUCAAAUAAAGCAACAAAACUACCACCUUAAUCCCAACAAGAGGAAGGAGCGUGGCUUUCCCAACCCCCGCGAUGAGAGAGAAGACCAGGAAGGACGUUACAGGAACCAUAUCCUCAAAGGCACCUUAGCAGAGACAGACUUUACCUCCAGGGGACGCUGGAGAAGAAACCCACAUGAUGAGCUCUGCUAUUGUCAUCAUGCUGUGAACCACGAGGGUCAGGGUCAUUACCAUGGCAACGGGAGAGAUCACAAUUACAGCCAAUACAGCAACAGCAUGUCAAGACACAGCAGAGUGAUAAAUGACAGCAGCUCUAGUCGCCAACUUCCUCAGAGAUCACAACACCAGGAGGGAGCAACAGCACACCAACCUCAGCAGAGCUCAGCUCCAGACUCUCUCAUUCCUGCUGAUGAUAACAUCCAUGAACUCGACUGCCAAACGCCGCCAUCCCGCCAGGCAACCAGAGUCCCCUCCCUGGUUCUAGUAGACCACAGUCCUUGCACAAUGCUCUCCAGCUUGCAGAUCACUGAGCCAAUCACAGCCAUAUUCAUGGGCUUCCAGACAGCUCAAGAUGACAGUGGGCAGGUUCAGGAGUUUGAGGGCAUCCUGAAGGCGGAGCUAAUUCUUAUUCAGGACAACAAAGACCAUGGUGAGGCCAGCAGCAUGACAGAAACUAAGGACUGUCCACAGGUUCCAACAGGACACUCAGCCAGCAGAAACGUGGGAGAUGGAGAUAGAUGGACGGAGAGACGGCUGGGUGUCAGAAAGAUUAAAGAAAGUCACAAGCCAUGCUGCAGUGUCUGCUAACUGGACUGAGUAAAAGGCGGAUUUAUACUCAUGUGGUGUCAGCGUCAUCGCCGUAGGCUCAGCGUAGCUCCACAGAGGCUCGAGGUGCACCUCUUCCAGACCUGACGUGCACCCCUGCUACACAGACGGUUACGCGGAGGUACUCCCUUGUGAUUGGUCAGUUUGGGAUAAUGCAGUGCCAGAUCUUUUCGCUGAAUUUGUGUGGUAACCACCAUUUUCAAAAAACAAUAACCAGUGGGUCAAGUUGAUGAGAGGCUGAUGGAAUUACUUAUUUGUUUUCUUCCACAAGCUACACUGAACCAUACCGGACGCCAUUGUUGUUUUAAAACAGAAAAUGUACCAAACUGAAGUGAACCAUCAAAAGAACUCCGACCUGGUGAGUUUACCAGCCCCCUAUGCUCAAGUUCGAGAGCACACUCACCAGCGUCAGCUAUGCCGUAACCGACCGCACGCAGACGCCGUGCGAGUAUAAAUCCGCCUUAAGGCUGAGAAGAUACCUGAAUUCUGUGUUUGUCCGAUAUAAAGUUAAGGUCACCUCCUAUAAUUAUUGUGUUAUAUGAGUGACCAUAAAGUGAGGUGAAGAAGGAGGGGUCAUCAACAUGUGGUCCAGAUAUAUUUGUAAUGCAUAACUUAACAUUUUGAAUAUAUAAUUAUUAUAAAUCUGUCUUCUGGAUCUGUGAUUGUGUUAUUAACGUCAAAGUUUAACCUUCUAUUAAUAAGAGUUGCUACUUCUCUUUGCUUAGAAUUAUAACAAGCUGAAUACACAUGUUGUUGAACUUGGAGGAGAUCACGGUCUUAGCAUUAGCUGCUAAUGUUAGCGCCCAUGGUCUUAGCAACAGCUCUGGAUCCCGACUUUUGUAUUUCUUAUGUCCUUAUUAUUGAUUUUAUUGAAUUGUCAAACCAUUGUUACGAUUUUACUGACGUGCUCAUGCCCCUCUAAAUAUUUCCUUGAGAUCCUGAUCACUGAUCCUUGUGAUGAUUGUUGUUUGUAUGUUGUUGUGGAAAAACUGUAAAUGAAAGAAAAUGCUUAUUUCAGAUAAAGUUAUCUGAGCUGAACUUCCUGUUUACAUCCAGAUUAGUAUUAGUUUACAGAUUCAGAG